UGUGAAGUCAAGACUGUUUUGCUGACAUUUCAGUGGGAAAAUCACAUGUCGUAAAACAAGCCCCAGACAGAAAACCACUGCCAUAAAGAGAUCCAAAACUUCGUUCUCUACCGUUAGAGAGGUAGAACGUCGGUAAUAUCUUUCACUUUUAAAGAAUGAAUGCGAAAAAAAACAUCUUCACAGCGUAUGCUUGCCGAUGGAAGGGAUGACGUCAUCUUUGAUAUUCUGACUCGAGCAGUUUUGCUGCGGAGUCAAUGAUGAACGUCGCAAACAACAGGAUCAUGACCUCAACAGUUGACGCGUGAGGAGCAAAAUUCAGUUCUUUGCUCAAACACAGAGAGCCUCGAACAAUCCCACUCGUUGGAGAGGAACAGAGUAGCAUUUGCUUGUGGGGUGUGGGGUAUGUGGGAUACAUGGGCAACUUGGGAUGCUGGUCGGGAUGUCAAAGAAGCAAAGCAGUAUAUCCAAGCCGAGUGCCAGAAAUUGCCCACAAAGAGAUAUUUCAGACAGCAAAGUUAGAAUCGUUCAGUUAACGUGAUCCCGUUGAGAUUCAGAAAGAAUAGCAAAACACUUUGUCAUGGAAACGAAACCCAGUGAACCAACUGUUCCGGAUAAAAACAACAUUACUCCAGCUACAGAGCCAUUCAGGGCCCCAAAACGAGCUGAUAGAGAAAGUUGUUGGACGGCUCGAGAUGAAUAUUUCAAGUGUUUGGACAAAAACAACAUUAUCAACGCGAAGAAAGACGACGCGUUGGCUGCUGAGAAAUGUGGUCCACAAAAGGAAGGAUUCGAAACAUCGUGUGUGAAAGCUUGGGUGGAUUAUUUCCUCAAAUUCCGUGUUCAACAAGCGGAUCAAGAGUCUGCAUUUGGAACAACUUUGCAAAGCACAAACGCCACGAACGAUACAACUCAGGACUGAUUAACUGAUGAUUAUGAACAAACGAUGCUUGUGAGUGAAACACCGAGUAAUAAACGAAUAAUUAUGAGAUGAUGAACCCAAACGCAAGAGGAGUAGCAAACGCAACAUGCAUUUAUGAGAGGGAAGCUUGAUGUUUGUUCACCCGCCGUAUCCUUCAUUAGGCAGUUUAAAUUAAAGACGAAGGGAAUUUUCGAUGAAGGUAUUAGGUAGAACUCGGAAUGAUUAGUGAAAUGCCGGUAUGUUCAUAAUGCACGAAACGUAAUGUUUCUGGUUAAAGGUAUCAACGAGAUUAGUUUGCUUGUUGCAACCAAGGUAUCGACAGAACCUGCUCGACCGCCUUUUCAGUAGCGGGUGGAAUAGUCCGUGAAGACAUGGGAUUCGGUUCCACAAUGGCUUGAAGCGUAUGCACCAAGUCAACUGUUUUGUAAUGCGGAGGAUCACGAACUUGUGAAUUCACAAGCAUCGGAUACAGCACUUGCAGGUAUGCAUACUGCAGUGCAGAGGACUCGGGCGAUAAGUUAUUAAGUUCGCGAAUGCAUACGUCCAUGAGGACGUGCAAGUCGUUGGUGUAAAAGUACUCAUACGUCUCUGGUGUCGUGAAAAUAAGAAACAAUUGUUUUAAGAUUAGUAGUUGUACUCGGACAUCGUUUUCGCGAUUCAGCGUAAACACAAGGCCCUCACCAUACGACCGGGUAUCAAUGUUUGGAUUCAUUAAGGCAGCCAUAACCUUAUUGGCGUGGCCAUUCACAGAACCGGGAUCUUCAUUGGUGCGUAGACCGGCAAGCAUGAACUGCUCGUUUAAGCUGAGGAUCGCGAGGAUGCACAAGAUGAAAUGGUCCUCGAUUUCAUUUUCCUUGGCCAAAUCCACUUCAAGAAAAAGCGCCUCCAUAAAGAAAUCAGACACACUCUUUAAGUCCGGCAUAGAGAUUCGUUGUGUCCGGCACAAACGAACUAAAAGACAAAGUCCAUAGGGACAAGAGGAUUCCUCAUUCGUCUUGUUUAGCUUAAUUCUACGCACUAUGUGAUCGAUGAGCAAAGGGAAGAAACCCAUGUCAGCCAAAAAGUGCAAGCAUGCUGGAUCUUUCGAUGCAUCAACAAGGAAAAAAUAAAGCACAAAAUCCGAGCCAAAAAUAUUCUCAGACGCGAAAAGCGUUGCCAAUAAAGCACUUCUAAACACAUCUACAUUGUCCUUAAACGUAGCAGAAUUGCGUAUUUGCAGACAGCAGUCCAGCAGGUGUUCUUCCGAGGUCAGGAACGAGACUAUAUCAGCAAUUGUGUGUUAACAGACACGUUUCACGCGUUCAGAAUUUCAGAAAUACCUCCAUAAGCACAAAUAAAGCGAAUUAAAUUGUCUACAAGUCGAUUCAGCUGCUCUUUGGAAGAAACUCGUUGGUUUACUAUUUCAUCCACCUCUUGUUCAUGAUUAGCAGCAAUUGAUUAAGAAACAAACCGUCGCACCUGAUAAAAACUGCUUCUUGUCAUCUAUCUGGUAUAACACAUCGCUGAUUUCCAUGGAGAAUGGAGCUGAAUGUGUUACAGCAGGCGUGUUACUUCACGCGUCUAGUGCUAGGCGAAGGGACAGUACCGGCUCUCAGUGUAGUGCCCUACAUAGCAUCGCAAUCCGAUGCGGGGGAGUGGGGGCAAUUAUGAGCUGAGCAUUGCCUCAUCCCACUAUAAGUGGUCUGAGCGAAAGCGAAAGUGGACGGCAGCGUGGGAUAUCGUGGGGUAAAGAUAAAACUCGUUAGUGUACGUAGCAUUGUUGCGCGCAUCGUUAGG